UAACGAAGGAAGCGUUCGCGUCUCAAAUACUGGGAAGAUGUUUUUAUUAUAAGUAGCGGAUCUGCUUUUUCCAUCUUUCCAAUUCGAGGAGAGAGAAAGUGAAUUGACAGAGAAAAAAAAGAUAGAGAGAGAAAACAAAUAGUAGAGUAGUAAAGCUUAAACCUAACACUUUUUUUUUCGAUCUUCUUUUUUUAUCUCUAUCAAUCUGAAUUUUUCUUCAAGAAUCUGGAGGUUAAUUUUGCGAUUGACGAUUUGGAAUUGGUAACUGUGGAAUUUUUUUUGAUUUUUCAUAGUUAUUGAGUUGAAUUUGAUGGGGAAAGGAGGGGAGGAUUAUGGAAAACGAGAGGAUUUUAGUAGUAAUUUGGUUAAAAAGGAGGAUUUGUUUACGCCGUGGGCGAGAGAUGUUAAGGAGUGUGAGGAGAAGUAUGGAGUGAGUCGUGAUUUUGGUCUUUCGAGUGAGGAGUAUGAGAAGAGGUUGCAGAUUUAUGGUUUGAAUGAAUUGGAAAAGCAUGAAGGGCCGUCGAUUUGGAGAUUGAUUUUGGAUCAGUUUAAUGACACAUUGGUUAGGAUUUUGCUUUGUGCUGCGGUUGUUUCGUUUGUGCUUGCGUGGAUUGAUGGGGAUGAAGGCGGUGAGAUGGGGAUUACGGCUUUUGUUGAGCCGUUGGUUAUCUUUUUGAUCUUGAUCGUGAAUGCCUUUGUCGGGGUUUGGCAAGAGAGUAAUGCAGAGAAAGCGUUGGAGGCCUUGAAGGAAAUCCAAUCUGAACAUGCUGCGGUGAUCAGGAAUGGGAAAAAAGUGCCUAGUUUGCCUGCCAAGGAACUUGUUCCUGGUGAUAUAGUUGAACUUAGAGUUGGUGAUAAGGUACCUGCUGAUAUGCGGGUUGUGGCUUUGAUAAGCUCGACACUGAGGGUUGAGCAAGGAUCAUUGACGGGCGAGAGUGAAGCAGUUAGCAAGACUGUGAAGCCUGUCGCUGAAGAUUCAGAUAUUCAGGGGAAGAAAUGUAUGGUCUUUGCUGGGACUACUGUUGUCAAUGGGAACUGUAUUUGCAUGGUUACAAAUACGGGAAUGAGCACUGAGAUUGGGAAGGUGCACUCACAGAUACAAGAGGCCUCUGAACAUGAAGAGGAUACUCCCCUGAAGAAGAAGUUGAAUGAGUUUGGCGAAGCUUUGACUGCUAUAAUUGGUGUAGUCUGUGUACUGGUUUGGAUGAUCAAUGUGAAGUAUUUCCUUACUUGGGAAUAUGUUGAUGGAUGGCCGAGAAACUUCAAAUUCUCAUUUGAAAAGUGUACCUAUUACUUUGAGAUUGCUGUAGCAUUGGCGGUUGCUGCUAUCCCAGAGGGGUUGCCAGCAGUUAUAACAACAUGCCUAGCUCUUGGUACCCGAAAGAUGGCACAAAAGAAUGCGCUCGUUAGGAAAUUGCCCAGUGUGGAGACUCUGGGAUGCACAACUGUCAUUUGUUCUGACAAAACUGGUACCUUGACCACCAAUCAGAUGGCUGUGGCGAAGCUUGUAGCCAUGGGAUCAAGGGGACAAAUGAUCCGGACUUUCAAUGUGGAGGGGACCACCUAUAAUCCUGCUGAUGGUGGGAUACAAGACUGGCCUGCCAAUAACAUGGAUCAAAAUCUUCAAAUGAUUGCUAAAGUUGCAGCUCUUUGCAAUGAUGCGGGGGUCGAACAAUCUGACAAUCAUUUUGUUUCAAGUGGUAUGCCUACUGAGGCUGCGUUAAAGGUUAUGGUUGAGAAAAUGGGUCUUCCCAAUGGAUCACAGCACGUUUCUUCAAGCUCUGAUGAUUUACUACGCUGCUGCCGGACAUGGACUACUUUAGAACGUCGUAUUGCCACUCUUGAGUUUGAUCGUGAUCGAAAGUCCAUGGGUGUCAUUGUCUCUUCCGGCUCUGGGAAGAAUACGUUGUUGGUGAAGGGGGCAGUUGAAAAUUUGCUUGAAAGGAGCUCCUUUGUACAGUUAUUUGAUGGCUCUAUUGCAGAGUUGGAUCAGGUUGCAAAGAAUGCUAUUCUGGAUAGCCUUCAUGAUAUGUCGGGUAGUGCUUUGCGUUGUCUUGGUUUUGCGUACAAGGAGGACCUUGAAGAUUUUGCGAGUUAUGAUGGUGAAGACCACCCAGCUCAUGAGCUCCUACUCAAUCCAUCUAGCUAUAGUGACAUUGAGAAGAACCUUAUCUUUGUUGGCUUUGCUGGCAUAAGAGAUCCUCCUCGUAAAGAGGUGCGCCAAGCAAUUGAGGACUGCAGAGCUGCCGGCAUUAGGGUCAUGGUGAUAACAGGAGAUAACAAGAACACAGCUGAAGCUAUCUGUCGUGAAAUAGGAAUCUUUGGGUCACAUGAAGACAUUAACUUAAGAAGUUUAACAGGAAAAGACUUCAUGGAGCUCAGUGAUAAAAAGAGUCAUCUGAGAAAAACGGGAGGCCUUCUUUUCUCCAGGGCUGAACCUAGGCAUAAGCAAGAAAUAGUGAGGUUGCUUAAAGAGGAAGGUGAAGUGGUUGCUAUGACUGGUGACGGAGUUAAUGAUGCACCAGCCCUGAAGUUGGCUGAUAUUGGUAUAGCCAUGGGCAUAGCUGGGACUGAGGUAGCUAAAGAAGCUUCUGAUAUGGUGCUAGCAGAUGAUAAUUUUAGCACAAUAGUUUCUGCUGUUGCUGAAGGUAGAUCAAUUUACAACAACAUGAAAGCUUUUAUCAGGUAUAUGAUCUCUUCAAAUAUAGGCGAGGUUGCAUGCAUAUUCAUCACAGCUGCUUUGGGUAUCCCAGAAGGUCUGAUUCCUGUUCAGCUUCUGUGGGUCAAUCUUGUUACUGAUGGUCCCCCGGCGACGGCUUUGGGAUUUAACCCACCUGACAAGGAUAUAAUGAAGAAACCUCCCAGAAAGAGCGAUGAUUCAUUGAUUAAUGCUUGGAUUUUAUUCCGCUACUUGGUGAUUGGGCUUUAUGUUGGGGUGGCAACUGUUGGAGUUUUUAUCAUUUGGUAUACACAUGGCUCAUUUUUGGGCAUUGACCUUAGCCAAGACGGGCAUAGUCUCGUGAGCUAUUCCCAGCUUUCAAACUGGGGUCAGUGCAGUUCAUGGGAGAAUUUCACUGUAUCACCUUUCACUGCUGGAGCCCAAACAUUCAAUUUUGAUGCCAAUCCAUGUGACUACUUCCAAACUGGGAAAGUGAAAGCAAUGACCCUUUCUCUCUCUGUGUUGGUUGCGAUUGAAAUGUUCAACUCCCUCAAUGCUCUUUCUGAAGAUGGUAGCCUUUUGUCGAUGCCACCAUGGGUAAACCCCUGGUUGCUUCUAGCCAUGUCUGUCUCUUUUGGCUUGCACUUCUUGAUUCUCUACGUGCCCUUCCUUGCCCAAGUGUUUGGCAUAGUCCCUCUCAGCCUGAACGAAUGGCUACUUGUCUUACUAGUUACUUUACCAGUCAUUUUAAUUGAUGAAGGACUUAAGUUCAUUGGGCGGUGUACUUCUGGUGUCAGCAGUUCAGAAUCCAGAACGCAAAAAAGCAAGAAAGAGUAAGAGAAAAUAUGGUUGAUCUGCAGGACUUGGUGGUCUGCCUCACUUAGAAGCUUCAAGGUUUGGUUAUAAAACUUCUAUUUAUGUUUCCCUUGAGCUCACUACUGCUUUGACACCUCGGUUUACGCGCAACUCCGAACUUUUAGUAGAUGAAUUAGAACACAAUGUAAAACUAUUCAUAGGGCGAUUUUGCAGUGGGGAAAAACAGUUGCGUUUCAUCUUUGCUGAGCCAAACAAUAUGGUGUCAUGGCUGAUUGAUUUUUUCUGUUUAACCAUUACAAUGUAAGCUGUAUUGAGUUGAACAAGCAAUGAAAUUAGUACAUUUUCAGCA